AUGUUGCCGUUUCAGCUCCGAAAAGCGGUGGACGCCGCCAACCAAACGGCGCAGCAGCAAUUGCAACAGCGUGAGCCGGAUGGAGGCAUGUCUACUCAGGAGUACAGCCGGCUUGCCGAGCUGCAGAAGCAACGAGCUCACUUGGAAAUGCGGCAGUUGCAGGCCCAGGCUGGACUGCUGACGAGAACCCAAGCGCAGGUGGCUGCCGCAGGUCUUGAGUGGCUGUACGACGAUCCUAAGAAUAGCGCCGAGGCGAAAGACAGAGAAAGGGAGGCGUAUCUGCUGGGAAAGCCGUUGCCAGACGCGGCGCCCAAAGCGGAUGAAUCUCUGGAGAAGCGCGUUGCUGAAUCCGCGACAAAGGCACCGCCGCGGCUGCUCCCCACGCAGGACUGUAUGCGCAAACUCCGAGAAGACCCCUUACUGCUCAUUCGACAAGCUGAGCUCGCUCAGCAACAAGUCCAGGAGUCCAACCCCUUGCUGCAGCUGCAGCAGAUGCGCACACAAGCGACAAGUGCCGGCGCACGGGUUAAGCACCAGGACCCCAAAAAGGAAGCUAAGAAGAAGAAGCAUAAGCACAAAAAGCGGCACAAGCACGGCAAGCGCAAACGCAGUAGGAGUAGUGACAGCAGCAGUAGUCGCAGCACUGAGAGCGAAAGGGAGCAGCGCGACGCGCGGUAUGGAGGCCGACGAGAACGCGAGGCGAAGACAUGCAAAGGAGAAGCGCCUCGAUGUGAAACUCACAGCCGCAAGGAGAGGUCUCGGAGUCGAGAUGGAGGACGGCACAGCUCUGCGCUGCGCUCUUCUAGAGAUGCCAUUGGGGAGGAGCACACGGCUGGACGUCGAAGGCACAACAGCAGCCGCAGCAGCAGUACUUAUAGGCGUCCUAGUAGUCCCACCAGGCGACGCAAAGAGGGUGAGUCUCGAGAAGGAGAGCAGCGUCAGUGUAGCAACUAUGGGCGAGCUCUCACUCCCCAGACGUUCUCCGAUGCAGCUAGCAGCAGCAGUGUGCCUUCGCGCACUUACGGCCCCACAAUGGUUGGUGCGGGGAGCGAGCCGGCUCCCUUUCGGGUGUCUGAUGAGCUGCUGCCGCCUCUGGCCAUUCGGCAGAAGGCUAUGGCCUUGGAAGAAGCAAAGCGAAACAAAUCCGCUAUUCGGGAAGCCGUGCAAGGCGAAAUGAAGACGGCAGGGUACCAGAGAGACUCGGAUGAGAGGGGAAAGAGUGCGGAGCAGCUGCUGGAAGAAAUGAGGGCAGAAGGGCUGCGCCGCGAAGCAGAAAAGGAGCGCCGCUCAGAACUGGUCCGCAUGAAAGAUCAACUAGAAGCAAGAAUUGAGGCUCAACGACGGGCACUCUUGGAUUCUUCGGAUGAAACGAGAGGUCUUCGUCCUUCUGUGGUCGCUGCAUCUGCUGUCGAACCUUCCAGAGAUGCAGCGAUGAAAUAUCGGAGGAUGCAAAAAGCCAUUCACGAUUUAGGAGCCUCUAACAAAGAGCUAAAUAAGGAAGCUGUAGCAAAGCGCCUAGAUGGUAUUUAA